CUGAUGGGGAGAAAAGGAAGAGAGAUAGCGGGAAAAUUGUCUGGAUGAAAGGUGUUCCCCGCCCCCUGGCCUUGGGUUGGAGGAGGGGAAGGAGAGAGCUCCAUUGGUGUACUCCGCUGUAGGAGUGGCAAUCUCUCUGGGUGUGGGGAGUGCAAAGAGGGGGGUGGGCCCAGGGAGGCAGUGGGGGCGGGGGAGCUGCCUGCGCAUGUCAAGGCUGAGUGACUACUCCAGGAUUAGGGGAGCUCGGAACUGGGCAGCCCUUCCGACUACCUGUCACCAGGGGUCAUCCAACACCGUCAGGGAGAGAAGACCCGGGGCGGCGUGGAUGCUUUCCCUCGGCCGGCCCCGCCCACCUCUCCUCCCUUCUCGCCGAUCCCCGGCGGAGCCCUGAGCUUCCUCCUCGAGCCCAGCCUCUGAGAACCUCCUGGGGAUUAAAGAACCAGACGGACAGACAGGAGAGAAAUCUCCAGCUCCGACGAGCAGCCUCGGUGUCUUCGAGGGACGCCGCUCCGAAGCCCUCCCGCGAGACCCUCUGGGCCAGGCAGAUGAAACUGGAGCUCCCGGGGUGCCGACGAGCCCGGUCGGAGCAGGGAGGUGUAUCGUGGGGAGAUGUCAUCGGAAAGCAUGGAGCAUUCCCGCCUAUAUGCUGAGCUCCGAGGCUAAGCCUAGAGAGGAAAAAAAGAGACUCGGCAGCGAACCGAGACUGGCGUUCAGGAGGAGGUGCGGAGGUACUGUCCGCGGUUCUGAACUAGGUCUUAUUAGCCGGACCCAGAGACAAACUCCGGUGUGCUGAACCACUCCUUAGAAGUAAGGAUCAAUCCCCGAGGGGGCGGGAGGAUUUGGGGGGGAGGCGGAGGCAAAAGGGCUGCUUGCUGCCUUUGAAAAGCAACGGAACCAACGUGUUGAAAGCCACCUGCAAAAAGUGCCGUGGACAAUCCGACUGUGUGAGCUUUUCUCCUAAGGCAGUUCAUCCUUGGAGGUUUCCUCGAAAGAAGGGGUGCAGUCCUUAUCGGAGAGAAACAUUGGAUCAGGCCGGAGUCUGAGAAAGAUGCCUGCUCUCGGCAGCUUGUUUUCUCUGGCUUCCCUAAUGCUCAUCUGCUGGGUCCAUGUUUGCUUUCCAGUCUGCGUGGAAGUCCCUUCUGAGACAGAAGCAGUCCAGGGCAAACAUAUGAAACUCCGGUGCAUCUCCUGCAUGAAGAGGGAAGAAGUGACAGCCAAUACUGUGGUGGAGUGGUUUUACAGGCCGGAGGGCGGUAAAGAUUUCCUUAUCUACGAGUACCGGAAUGGUAAACGGGAAGCUGAGAGCCCCUUCCAAGGCCGCCUGCAGUGGAAUGGGAGCAAAGACCUGCAAGAUGUCUCCCUCACUGUGCUCAAUGUCACACUGAAUGACUCUGGUAUCUACACCUGCAAUGUCUCCCGCGAGUUUGAAUUUGAUUCACACCGGCCCUUUGUGAAGACCACAAGACUCAUCCCCCUCAAAGUCACCGAGGAAGCUGGAGAGGACUUCACCUCGGUAGUCUCGGAGAUCAUGAUGUACAUCCUCCUGGUCUUCCUCACUUUGUGGCUACUCAUCGAGAUGAUUUAUUGUUACAGGAAAGUCUCCAAGGCUGAGGAGGCGGCUCAAGAAAAUGCGUCUGACUACCUCGCCAUUCCAUCAGAGAACAAGGAGAAUUCUGCAGUGCCAGUGGAGGAAUAGGAGAAAUGGGGUGGUCUGAUGUCUGACGGGCCCAGGUCUUCAGUGUGGAUGAUGUCAACAACUUCAGGACGGGACCACCACAUCCAUUCAUCAACCAUCAGACUUUGCUCAUGGGUCCACCCCCUGAAGGAUACCUCCUUUGAUGGCUAAGUCGAGGGCCCUCUAUCUCACUCCGGGCCUGGUCUUUCCCCAGCCUAGUCUCAUGGCGCUGUAAUAGAGCUACACUCCCUUUGCUCCGCAUGGCUUUGUAUAAUGCUGGUAGCAAUUCCUCUUCCUCCGCUCUUUCAUGACUAUUUCCCUGAGUCCGGCCCCCAUUCACUGCUGGACAAGAAGGAACCUCGCCUGCUCUUCUGCUGUCCUUUCACUUGGCCCUCACCCCUGCCCCGAGAAGGAAUGGUCCCUCCACCCCUGAAUGAGAAAGGGCACUGCAGUUGGUCUUAGCAGAAGUCAGAUGUUUCUCCUGUUCCAGGAGUGAUCCAAACAAGCCCAGAAUGAAGAGUAGAUGAAUUUAAGAUUCCAUUUCUAAACCAACCAGACCGUUAGGUGUGGGGUUAGAACAGAGAACUUUUCUGGACCACACGGGUCUGAAAGAAGUAAUAGCCUAUGUUAGAUUAUCUUCAGGAACCUCGAGGCCUAGGGCUAGAUUUCAUCUUACUCCGAGGCUCUAGACUGUUCCCAGUCAUUCCCUAAGUAACAGUCAGGACUACUUAAUAAUGGUUCCUCUUGGCAAUAUUAUCCUUGCUGUGUCACUUACCCUAUCUUUUGUCUUCCUAAUAAAUCUCCAGGGAAGAGGGCUGGCAAAAGAGAAUGGUAGCAAUUUUAGUAGCUUUUUAAAGCCAGUCAUCUGAUUCCCUGACCACUUUGGGAAAAUAUGCCCAUUUCCCAACUUGUCCUGGUUUUUCCCCCAUCGUGGGAUUUGGAGCAAUCAGCCUUUCUCUUAAUACUGAGAAGCAGUACAGAAUGUUGGGAAUUUUCCCAAAUUUUGUGACUGAUGACUUUCUAUCCCCACCUCCGAGAGGGUCAGUGUUGUUAUUCACAAGCUAGUGGAUGUUCAAGGAGCAGCAAGGACUUGCAUGGGAUCACAAAAUAUAGAAGGCACUUUGGUGAGUUGACUUGGAAUGUUUUCACUCGUAGAAUUAGGAUUUGUGGUGGAGGAACCACUGACUCCUGAAGAAUUCCAGUGAUAAAUAGUGUUAGUUCUUCUGUGAAUACAGAAUGGAUGAAAAUGAGCCCCCAAUACAGUGGGGAAUGGAUUGGCUUUCCGGAAUAAGGAAAGCCCAGAUUUAUGUGAGUAGAACAAGUCUUAAGGACUCAAUCACUCGUUCCUUAACUUUAAAAUGAAGAAAUGGCCUAAGAUCAUAGGAUCCUAGGACUUAGAGUUAGAAGGGACUUUAGAGGUCUUUUAUAUAUCAGCCACACUUAUUUGACAGAUGUCUAGAAGGCCCAGAAUGGUUAAGUGAUUCAUAUAAUACUUGGCAGUUAUACCUGGGGUAAUGGUGUGAAGGUGGAUGAAUAGAAUAGUUGAUCUCUUAAGAUUCUUACAAUCUAGUAAUCCAAGAGGCUCCCUUAUAUUUAAAAUGCUCUCUACUCUAUAGAAUAAAACAGAUCAGAUAGGAAAAGCUUGACCAAAACAAAAACACAAAAAAACAAAAACAACAACAAAAAACCCAAACAAAACAAAAAAAAGCACCUUAAAUGUAGUGUUAAAUAUCUGUUCCUGAGGUGAUGCUCUUCCCCACCUAGUGGCCAGACAGGGGAUCUGAGGCAUUAUAAGCUAGAGAAAGGCUUUUUUUCCCCCUUAGGGAAUUGUCUUUGGGUUUGUGUGGAGGACAGCACUGUUGGCAUUGGACUUAGAUUGACUUUCCCCUUUGUUGUCUCUCUAAAAGUUAUUGCUCUAAAGAACUAUUUGCUGCAGCACUCAGGAGUAAGGUUUUUAUAUUUCCAAACUUCUUCAUCUACAUAAUCUUCCACAAGGUGCCUCUCUGACCUUGGAUGAGAGGCAAAGAUUUUUCUCCCCAUUUUAUGGAUGGGAAAACAGACCCAGUAUGUACAGUGAGUUGUCCACAAACAUUAAUUGAGCCAGUAGCAAAACCUCCAGUAGUCUUUUUAACCUCCAGUCCAGGGAUCUAAUAGGUCAUGCUUCUCCCCUUUCCCUAAGUAAGUAGUGUAGUAUGGAAACUCUAGACCAGUGAAACUUCAACUCAGUUUCUGAUAAAACAAAAAGAUUAUGGGGAACAUUGUAGCUAAUAAUAUGUAGUACUUAAAGGUUUAUGAGAUACUUUUUACAAAGAUUAUUUGAUCCUCGCAACAAUUCUGGGAGAUAGGUGCUAUUAUUAUCCUGAUUUUAUGGAUGGAAAAAUCAAGGCACAGAGCAGUCACCAGGCUACUAAAUACUUAAGGCUGGAUUUGUAUAUAAGCCUAUGUGAAGUUAGGUCCGAUAUCCCACAUACCUAACAUUUUAAAAAGGAAGUGAUUACUGAAAAUUUACAAAGGUUCAUCAAGAACAGGUCAUACUAAACGUAUUAAACUAGAUGACCACUAUUGUGCCUUUUAGCUCAAAAUCUAUGAUUCUAUGACUCUUUUUUGACAGAUACAUUUAAAACAAGGGAAUGUUAAAAAUAUAGCUUUGUUGACAAGAUGCCUCAUUUUAUUUGUGUUAAAGAUAGAAAUGCAGACUAGACAAUAGCUUAGAUUGUUUUGGAACUGGUUGAAAGGUCAGAGGCAAAGAAGAGUCAUUAAGUGGUAAUGGUUUUGUGUCAAUUUUGAAGGAUGUUUCCAGUCUUUGCUUGGUCUAUUGCUAUCUAAAAUUUUUUAAGUUGAUGGCUCAAAUAAAGGCAUAUAUGGCCUGUUUAUCAAAUCUCUGACACAGAGGUGGAAAGGAAGGAUACUUUGCACACAAAAUGACCCUGUCAAGAUCCAAAAGGAUCGUAACAGGCUGGAGCAGUGGACCUGGAGUUCUAAAAGUCAACUUCCCAAGUAAAAUGUGAUUAGAGCAUAGUUCAUUUGCAGAUCUAAGUGUGACAAAAUACUGGGAGUCACCAGUGUGAUCUUGGGCUGUAUUUAGUACAUCCAUACACAGAAUCCCAAUCAAGGGAAGUAAGAGUCUUCAAUAUCCUCCGCCCAGAUCAAGUCAUAUUAGGAAUGUUAUGCUCAGUUCUAAGCAACACGUUUUAGGAAAGAUCCUGAUAACUUGAGAUUAUUCAGGGAAGGGCAAUUGGGAUGGUGAAAAAAGAUCAGUUGGAGGAACAGGGUAUAGAUGAUCCCAGAAAAAAAAAGAUCUGGUAUAUUUUUACCAUAGGUAUUUGAAAAGUAGCUAUCAUAUAUGUUUAACACUGUUCUGCUUUGCCCCCAGAGGAAGAAGCUAGAAGCAAUGCAGUGAAACUUGCAGAGUAAAAUCCAGGUUUGAUGUUCUUAAUGAUGAGAUUUAUCCCAAAGUAAAAUGAGCAGCCUAGGAAGGCUGUGAAUUUCUAAUGAUAUAUUUGCAAAGCACUUGGUACAACCUGUAGCAUAUAGUAGGCACUUGAUAAUUGUUUGUUCCCUUAUCCUUCCCCUUGGAGAAUUUAAUCAGGAAAUGGAGAUUCUUGCUGGGAAAUAAGUUGGAUUGAAUGAUUUCUGGCAUCUCUUCUGUUUAACAUUCUGAACAUACCUGUCUUGUUCAGAAAAAGCUCCCCAAUACAACACACACAUUGUUUCCUGGGUGGUUUGUAAGGCUGAUGCUUCCAGUUUCAUUCUUCAUUCCUUUCAUGUCUACUUCUUUCCCACUUGCCAUUGAUUCAAAAUUCGUUUCCUUCUCCUACCCUAUAAAACGUGCAUUCUCAUUUAGCCUUUCUUCCCUGCUUCUUUCCUCCUUAUUUAAAAACAAAAACUAUUUCCCCUUUCCCCUUCUCCAGUUCUUUGUCCUCAGUGCUUCCUUUUUCCUUCUCCACGGCAUCUUUUGCUUCACCUUUGAGAUCCUUGGCUUCUUCUCCUUCCAUUAACCCACUUAACCACACUGUUCUCCUUGGACCUCCCCACUCAAGUUCUGUUCUGAAAAUCCUUUUCUCCUCAGAUCCUCUAUGUCCUCCCCAUUUUAUCUCCUACAUUUUUUCAUAGGAUUAUAGGAUUUAGAACUGAAUGGGACUAAGAAAGCAUCUUACCCCUCAUUUUUCUGAAGAGUCUGAGGUCUACUGAAUUCUCCUAAGGUCACAUUCGUAAUAAAUAACACAGAAAUGGAUUUCCAGGUCCAAGAGUUAAUGUAAUCUUGGGUUCCCUCUAAACACACAAUAUCUAGAAUAUGGGAGGAGAUAGUCCUGCUCUGAGGAGACCAUACCUUGAAUAAUGUAUUCAGUUCCAGAUGUCACAUUUUAAGGUGGGUGCUGAUAAAAGUAGGAGAACAUCUAACAAAAGGAAGCCACCAUUGUGAAAUGCUCCAAGAUCCUCUCUGCAAAUUGUUUGAGGAACUGAGGAUGGUUAACCAGUAAAAAAAAAAAAAAAAAAAAAAAAAAGGCUUGGGCGGGGGAGUGCACAAAAACUGUCUUAUUUUUGGCCCCAAAGGGGAGUUACAUUGACAGAUUUCAGAGGGGAAAGAUACCUGGCAGUAAGAACUAACCAAAAACAGAUAGCAUAUGUUGUGGUGUAUGAAGCUUGGAAGUUCAAUGGAUUAAAUUCUGGACUUGGGAAUCAAGAUUUGCAUUCAAAUCCUGCCUGUGACAUUUUCUAUGUGGCCACUUAAUUUUUCUCAGCCUCAGUUUCCUCAUUUGUAAAAUGGAGAUGAUCAUAAAAGCACCUACCUCACAGGGUUGUUAUGAGGAUUAACAAGGAUAAUCUACAUAGAGUGAGUCACGUGUUACCAGAGAUCAUCAUGAGAACCUGGAUGGGAAAGCUGCAAGUGGAAUUUUUAAUCAAGUAUGGGCUUAACUGGAUGGCCUCUGAGACCCUCCCAAGCCUUCAAUUUUCUCUAAAUCCAGUGUCCUUUCCACUGUCAUGCUGACCUUUUAGGAAUCUCUGAGAAACUUCAUCUCUGUGGCAUCUUAUCUUUUAUGUGAAUCAAUUAGAGCCGAGAGGAAGCACCAGCCAAGUCCAGCCCUUGCCCCAUCUACUUGCCUACUUCUGCCUCCUGCCCCAACAGAUGCAAGGGCCAAUUUUGCUAUCCCAUAAAUUUUAUCUAUUGUUACGGGGCUGGUUUUUAAAGGGCUCAAGAAAGUUCUCAAGGGCUAGCUUAUUCAUCACCCUCAGCAUCCUAUUUGCUAAUCCAGUGUGUUAACCUGUUUCCCAUGUGUGUGUCCUCCCACCCAAGAUUAGUUUGCCUGGGAGGUUGAUCCCAUGGCCUACUUUGUCAUGAACCUAAAUGUUCAAUUUGACAACCCUGGGGCUGUGACUUCUGCACUUCUCCCGUCAAUGUUGCACCAUGACCCAACCCAAACCCUUAGUACAGUAACUUCUAACUGAAACUCUAGGUCAUUUUGCCACGCCUCUUCCCUCAUUCUUCCAAUUUUAAAAUCCAUUUAGGGGCAUUAAUCUGCAAGCUAUUUAUCCUGUCCAUGUUUUUGGUCUCUUUCUGCAUUUGGGACUGCCUAGCAAUAUAGAGAAGAAAUGACUUGUCUGUAGCUUCUAGAUGCUGUGUGAAAAUUUUACUGUGAAGGUGGGAAUGGUUAAGAGAAGAGAUAUUAAUCCCCCUCCUCUCUGAGCUUUCUACCCUUCCAACAAAACCAGAGCAUUAGUUCAAGAAGGCCUUUUUAAGAGUCAGUGAACUCACCUUUUGUAAGAUAUAUGGCAUGCUAAGUUUUCUGGAAGCUGAAAUCAGAGACAAGCAGCUUCUAGUGGUAUAUUUACUCCCUACGUGUCCCCUUUCUCUCUUUCCUGAUACAGCAUGUUAAUGCUGUCUUUGGAGAUGGUUACAUAAUUCAAGAGUUCCUUGGGUGUUUGUCUUUUUUCUAAACACGCUCUAAUAACCAGAUGUUUUAGCCAAUGUCUGGAGGCUGCAAAUCCCUAACCAUUUCCUAUCCCAAGGUAGGAGAAUUUUCUCCAUUUCACUGAACCUGCAGUAAGAUACAGAAUACAUAAAUGUUUCCUAAGCCAAUCUCUGAGAGUUGAACUUGUUCAGUGACAAAGACUUAUGGGUCUAUGAGCCAGCUAUCUUUCAGUGGUAAUGAUUCUUGGGGCUCUCACCUAGCAUAUGCAGCAGGUAGGGGAUGGGAGGGCAGAGGAGAAUGUGUUUCAUUAUUUGUGGGAUGAUGUUAACCACUCUCACAGACCUUUGUAGUCUGAAAAAAAUGGGAUUUUUCCAUUUUAGUCUUCCUUAUCUUGCUGUUUCUUCUCAUAGCUGACCUGUUUCUACUUCUGUCUAGCAAUGUUGCCCCCCACCAUCCCAGCUUAUACAACCUGACACCAUCUUCAGUGUAUAUGUUUUUAAGACCUCUCCCCGUUCAAUCCAAUAAAGGUGUCUCUCAAAAACA